ACUUACUGAGUGAGCAAGUCCGAGUCUGAGUCAAACCCCCCCCCCCCGAGUCAAGUAAACAAUGGACCUCUACGGCUUAUCUUCACCCGACUUGCUUCGUAUCGACGACCUCCUCGACUUCUCCAACGACGAAAUCUUCUCCUCUUCCUCCUCCACCGUCGCUUCCUCCGCCGCUUCUUCGUCGGAAAACCCUUUUAACUUCCACACUUCUCCUCCCCCUCCUCCUCUCGUCUCCGACUUCACCCACGAUCUCUGCGUCCCCAAUGACGACGCAGCUCACCUCGAGUGGCUAUCACGCUUCGUCGACGACUCCUUCUCCGAUUACCCGGCCAAUCCCCUAACCAUGACCGUCCGUCCCGACGCUUCCUUCACCGGAAAACCACGUAGCCGCCGAUCAAGAGCCCCGUCGUCACCCUCCCUCGCCGGAACCUGGUCUCCGAUGCCGGAAUCCGAGCUCUGCUACUCCGUCGCGAAGCGUAACCCUAGCAAGAGACUCGAACUCGAUUCCACGGCGGCGGACGGCGGCGGAGCGAGGAGGUGCACGCACUGCGCGUCGGAGAAGACGCCGCAGUGGAGGACGGGACCGCUCGGGCCGAAAACGCUCUGCAACGCCUGCGGUGUCCGGUUCAAAUCGGGGAGGCUAGUGCCGGAGUAUCGGCCGGCGUCGAGUCCGACGUUUGUGCUGACUCAGCACUCGAACUCUCACCGGAAAGUUAUGGAGCUAAGGCGGCAGAAGGAGCAGAUGGAAUCGCGUUUCCAGACGCAAUAAUAACGGCUCGCGAGCGUUUUGCGUUUAGGGUUGCGUCUUGGUCGUUACGGUUUCUUUUUGGAGGGUUUUUGGGGGUUUGGUGACGUGUCGUAAUUGUGACGGCUUAUGGUCACGUGACCGAUGGAGGAGGUUUAAGGUCUAAAAUGUCAUUUAUUAGUUUGAAUCAGAGAACUCUGCUAAUCACGUCAUUAAUUUUUGUUAGUAGUAUUCAUUUGAAUUUUUUUUUUUUUUU